UAUGUUGGUUGAAGUAGGAGGAACUGUGGGUGACUUUGAAUCCACUUGUUAUUAUGAGGCUGUUAGAUAAAUGAUAAACGAGGAGGGAAAGGAUAAUGUUGGUUUGGUAAUAUAUUAAUAUAUUCUAGAUUAUGCUUACUUAUAUUUUAACAUUAAAUAGUGAAUAAAAAACAAAACCUGCAUAAAAUGGAAUCAAGGAUCUAAGAUACACAGGAUUGAUAGCUGAUUUUAUAAUAUGUAGAUCUGAAAUUGAAUUGUAAAUUCCACAAAGAGACAAGUUGGCUAUGUUUGGAAAUAUCUCCAAAGACUCAAUAUUCUCUGUACCAAUUCUCAAGACAUUUUUGAUGUUCCAGAAGUAUUAUAAAAAUAAAACUGGCUGAACACAUAUUAGACAAAUUUAAGCUUCUACUUAAAAAGUUCCUAAUAUUUAAUAAUACACAAAGUUUGGAUAAUACUUGAAAGAAUUAGAGUAAUAAAAGCCAGUUAUUGUAGAAAUUAUGGGAAAAUAUAUCAAAAAUUUGGCAUUGAAUUUAUCAAUCUAUAUAGGAUGCCUAUAUAUCGUUGACAAAAGCAUUGAAAGAGGCAAGUUAUGCUAUUAAAGUAAAUUUACAAUAAAAAUAUAUUGAUCUUAUUGAAUUCCAAAAUCAACCAGACGCAGAAGAAUAACUUUAAAAAAAGAAUGCUAUCAAUUUGAUGCUAUCCUAUUGCCUGGGGGAUUCGGAUCUAAUGGGUUUAAUCUGAAAAUCAAGUGCUGUUAAUAUGCCAGAGAAAAAAAGAAACCAUUUCUAGGAAUCUGCUAUGGAUUCUAAGCAGCUGUUAUUGAAUAUGCUAAAAACAUAUUAGGAGUUAAGGAUGCUACUUCAGAGGAGUGAA